AAUCUAAAAACCGUGUAUUGUGUAGCUUUUCUUUAUACACACACACACACACACAGCAAUUAAGAGUUACAAUACUGUAUUAUAAGUCCAACACGGUAGAGUUAUGAUUGAAAAAACGAGACAAAUACCUCACUGCAGUAAGUCAUUGUUUUUCCCACCUUUUACAAUAUUGUUAUGGGGUGUUGUGACACACUUCUGGACUGCUCAACAUACCACGUCCCAGUGCUUCUUGGAAGGGACACCACGAUGUCCAAAUUUCUGCAAGAUGCAAACGUUGCAAAGGAUUCUAACCCUGGUACUGUUGGAAGAAAGCGAUGGGGAUUAUGGGUAACUGGAGUGGUAGGAGGGACAUUGAUAGCACUUUAUGCUGUGGCCACCCCAUUUGUAAUCCCAGCCCUCAGGAAGAUCUGCUUGCCUUUUGUUCCUGCAACUCCAGCUCAGAUUGAAAAUGUCCUAAAGAUGUUACAGUCAAGAACAGGAUCGCUUGUCGACAUUGGAAGUGGUGAUGGGCGAAUAGUGAUUGCAGCAGCAAAGCAAGGCUACAGGGCUGUUGGCUAUGAGCUGAACCCAUGGCUGGUGUGGUAUUCUAGAUAUAGGGCCUGGAGGGAAGGAGUGCAUCACAACACCAGAUUUUAUAUAGCAGAUUUAUGGAAGGUCAAGUUUUCUCAGUAUGCUAAUGUUGUUGUCUUUGGAGUUCCACAGAUGAUGCCUCAGUUGGAAGACAAACUUCUAAGUGAACUACAGAUCACAGCCAAAGUCAUUGCCUGCCGUUUCCCCUUUCCCACCUGGGCACCUGAUCACAUGACUGGAGAGGGGAUUGAUACUGUGUGGGCAUAUGAUGCAAAAACAUUUCAAAAUGGACACUGCGGAGCUUCAGCCGAGGCACAGAGACACUAUACUCAAAACACACAGUGAUGCAGAACUGGGAGCGGGGCAUUUUAGUUUGUAAAUAAAGGUGAUAUUUGUCCCAGGGAUUUGUUUAGGCAAAUUAUAUUUACCCAGUGGCUCUGAAUUGAAGUGAUCUCAGAAUGAAAGAAAUUCGAAGGAACAGAAAGCUGUGUAUGGGGCUACUCACCAGUGUAACAAAGAAUGGAGAACAGUAAGUGCUGUUUUGGCAUUUGGUGUUCUUGAAGUUGUUAAAUACAGGUUUUUCAAAACUGCAAAUGCAAGUGAAAUAUUUAUUUUGUCCAAAGCUUUCUAUUAUUUUUCAGGGCUGUUUUUUUAAUUAAUCAUUUCAAUCUGAAGAACCACUUCUUGGUGUGUGUAGUGGCAAUAUUAAUACUACUUAUGGUUAAGUGUUUGAUAGCAAUAAUAAUAUUUUGUCAAAUAUUAGUAUGUUGGAUUGUGUAGAAGUGAGAUGUUAUUGUCUGUAUGCAGACAACUGUAUUUUUUUAAGAUGAAGCAAGACAGGAAAGGUACAUCAUAUCUUAAAAGAAAAUCGCUAGUUCUUUUAAGUGUUCAUGCUAAUUGAAGACAUUUCUGAUGCAUCACCUAUGCUGCGGCCACCUUCCUCAUUCAUCGAUCCAACCAAGAUGCAGGUUCUUCAAUGUACAAAAGUUAUUCUAACAUCAUAACCAUGGGCACUGCUGAUAAGCCUCUUAAUGUUACGCUGUAAAGUUUAAAAUCAGAUAAGUGCCAAGUUGUUUACUUUAAAUCAUAAAUGAAAAUAUGAGAAAUGAUAAAACAGUUGUUGUGCAGUCCAGGUAAAAUGACUUUGCAAUCUGACCUCAUUCAGCCAGUUAGGAAACCCUGAUCUAUAUUUCAAAAAUACAUGUUGAUACCUGAUGGCUUUUUUUUUUAACACUGCAAAAAACAAACAAACCAAAAAGAUCAAAAUCAUGCAGCGCUUGCGUUUCUUACAGGCUGUGUGAAUCUGUGGUUCAUGUGUGCCACUGUUUAGUAACUGAAAGAAAAUGCUGUGGCAGCAGAUUGCGAGUUUGAUCCCUAGGUUCUGCAUUUAAUUGAUGUCUUGACCCCUAUCUGUGUUCACCUUAGCUGUCUGACAGUGUGUUCCAUCUCUGCAGAAACAAUCUGUUUUGUGAUAGUUCCUGCUCUAUGGUGAGCCUUCUUGAGUGCAAGAAACAACGCAGACAUGAACAAAGCCCUUAUGUUUGUAGGUCAGCUUGCCUGUUAACUGUUGGUUUUAAUUUGGGAAACAUUAAAUAUGCUGCACACAAUCAAGAAAAUGAAAAAACCCUAAAAACUGAUUCCUUCAUUUUUGCUUUUCAGUUUAUGCUGUACGCCUCUGACUUGCCAAGACACACAGUGAAAGAAAAA